ACAUUUACGGUUUCCUCUCUCAAUCUCUCAGUCACGGUUUGUCGCCAAAACCUAUAAAAGCCAGAGAAGGGUGCUUGCGAGCGGAGGGCGGCGCCGAAGCUGGCGGAGAGGGUGUUUCCGUCGAUGGGCGGGAGACGUUGGCGGAGACGGCUCUUUUCACGUCUACAACGGCCCUGGUGCUCUGUCACCAGUUCCGCGUUCGACGCCAUCGAUCCGGGGGAAAAACGCUCCUUCUUGCUGCCUCGUCCUUCCCGUUCAAGGCCGCCGCCGCCCAGAUCUAGGGCUCCGCUACCAGUUUCGUCUCUGAUUGAUCCAUUCUCCCUCCUCCCAUUCGAUCGUCCACUGCCUGGUUUCUCCCCGCGGCAAUCGGCGUCUAUUCAGAGGAACCAGCAAAUAUGCCUGUUGAAGCAACACACAAUGAAGCUGCUGCUUUAUCCUCGUAGUGAUUCAAUUAGGUGUUGAUUAAUUAUCAUGGUAAUUGCGGUGAUUUUUUUUUUGUGGGAGUAAUUGCAGUGAUCAGUUAUCAAAUACGCCUCAUAUUCAAUUACGAAAGAGACAUAGAUAUGUAUGUCGAUUAGUAGUGAUUAUGUUUGUAGAUAUUAUUGUAAUUGCAUCGAUUAUUAGUGAUUUUGCUGGUAUGAUUAGUAGUGAUUCUUAUUGUAAUUAUUGACUAUGUUCUCUAUUAGUAGUGUUUUGCUUAUUUGUAGUAGUAAUUUUCUUAUUUGUAAUAGUGAUUUAUUUUUUUAGUAGUGAUUCUUACUUAGCCAAUCACUACUCUUAAAAAUGGUAAAACACUACUAUUUAAAUUAAAAUAACUAUGCUGCACCUAAAAAAACACUACUACAAGUCACCAAAAUUGCUACCAAGUGUACAUUUUUUUCCUUGAAAUUCUCUAUGAGAGGGACGAAAGAAAUAUUUUAAAAUUUU